AUGCUGGUUCAGAAAUUGGUCAGAGGUCGCAGGCGGACGAUGGUGACUAAAGAGGACCGAAGUGAAAAGGGAACUAAUUUAGAUAAGGGAAUGGACCAGAAAUUUGGGGGAUCUCGGUACUCAAUUCUCGAGAAAAUAGGGGAUAUGAAUGGAGGUGAUCAUGGGAUUGUGAAUCAUAAUCUGCUACGUGAAUCUCAUUCACGUGAAUAUCGCUCACCUAAUAUAGAAGGACUUAAAGAUGGACGUGAUGAGUGGCGUAAGGAGAUAUAUCAGGACAAGCAAAAAAAUAGGAAACAAGGAGAGGGCCAGCGAGUUGGUACAUGUGAUAUUGGGCCAGUCAAGAUUGGGCCUUGUCAAAUUGGUAGUAGACCCAAUGACCAAAAGUCCAAGAGGAAUGGCCAUCAGACUCGGGAAAAUUUGCUCCAUAAGCUGCCUGGUGGUGGUGUUGAUUGUAUGAUGGUGACUUCUGGUGCAAAUACAUACACUACUGAGAGAGAGUUGAGGGGAGAGCCCGAAAUUGGCAAGCAACCAAAACCUCCUGAUGGAGAGCUGUUUUGUAUUGAUUCUCAGCCAUAUGAAAGCAUGCCUAGUCUUAGUGGUACAGUGGUGCCUGAGACAAGUGUUAUGCUUGAUAGAGCAAGGGUUUUCCCAAGAGUGGGAGCUUCGAUGGAUUUUUCCUAA